AUGGCUGACGAGAGUUUGUCUGACGACGGGCUGGACUAUGGGGUCUUGUCUGACAUUGAGGAGGAUGGUGAUGAGAUGUUCCCCAGCAAUGCUGCUUAUAACGACGCUUUCCAAGAGCACGGUGGUGCCAAAGUUGACGACGAGCCGCUUGUGAGGCGAUGGGCAGUCAAUCAUUCUUCGGGCCAUCACAAGUUCAAAGCUCCCCUGUUCAUCCAGAGGGUGUUGAGCAGUGAGUUCGAGCCGUCCGAUGCGCUUGCCAUGCUGCAAGAGAAGCACACAAUCGACUUUGGCUCCAAGCACGCAGGUUCUGCGCAGGCGAAGCCAUCCGACAGCUUUUUCCCCGAGUUCUUCCUCGACUUCCUCAGUAUCGUGGGCAAACCCGGCCGACCAAUCUCCAGCAGCGACAGCCCCAUAUUCGACAACAUCACCGUAUCUUUCCAGAGAUGGGCACAGCCGUACGGGGCGAAACACGUCAGCGGGAUACCUUUUGACAUCGCCGGGCGGACCUUCAGGAUCGCCCAGGCGGCGACGCGUGAGGUCUGGUUCAUCGUUAUGCAUCCUAUAUCCGGCGAAGUCACCGAGCUUCCGCGCUCGGCGGCCGACGGCCGACGGAGGCGAGAGCAGGCAGGCGAGAAGAGCGGGAUGUCCACGACCCGGGCCCGAGAGCUGGCAGCUUACAUCACGGGUGUAUUCCGCUCGGCAGAGCUGCUCGGCGAGGGCGUCGAGUCCUGCUGGCGUCCAGGGAGCCGGCACAGCCAACGGAUCAGCUCCAGCAAAUGGACCAUCUUCCAGAACAAGUUCAUGGACGGCUGGGCCGCCUGGGCCGGCACCCACGACGGAGACUCCUUCUGGCGGCAGCACGAGCCGGCCUUUCAUGCCUACGACUAUGGUGCCAACAUUCAGAUCGACGUCAGCCCGCGGCUUUACCAUCUGCCUCGCGAGAGGCACUGCUCCCGUGACGACGACGACGAAGAAGAAGAUGAUGGGGACGGCGGAGGGCGGGGGAGCGAGGACGAGACCCGGCGUGGGAUGGAGGGGCUAUUUGUCGACGACGAAAGCAACGGUAGCCAGCCUGCAGACUCCACGGCCGACGACGAGACCGACGCGGCCAGCUACAGCCAGAUACUCAGGGAGAGCGACGGGUUGCAGAAGCUCGUGCAAGAGCUGCAUGGCCGCUUCAGACUGGAGAACAUCGCAGCAGUCUCAUACGCCCUCGCCGUAUGCAUCAACAGCGAGUCGGAAGCUGGACCGCGAUGUCUCCUCGUCGACCGCAACAUGAUGGCGAGGGAGUAUCCGAGCAGUCGUGACUUCACCUUCUACCCCCAGGCAUUCCAUCCGGUGUACGGGAACGUGUCCUCUAGUCGGCCUCCCGCGUUCCUCGACUCGCUCUUUGCCGCUAUGAAAGGAAACAUGAGCGACCGGAACGAGGGCGCCGACGUCUUGUCGUUCGGCUACUUCCAAGGCUACUCCAACACCAAGAGGAGCGUGCGGCACAGCCCGAACGACCUCCUCGCGACGAAGGGGUACGCCACGGCCGCGCUGACGGUGCCGACGUCGGACGCAUGCGCCACGGCGGCGUCGAGGGACAAGCGCGAGCGACUCCUGCGCAUCAUCCGCGGCCAGGGGACGCCCGAGAGCCCGGAGGAGUCAAGGCCCUUCGCGCGCGAGCGCCUACAGAUGGAGGUCGCCAUCGAUAGCAGCGAGGUCGCCUACCGGCUCGAGCAGGUCGUGUCGCUGGACCUGGGUCGCAUGGUCGGCGCCGAGCGGACGUUCGAGGCCGUAAUCCACACCAUUUUCCAAAUCAUGCGUUUCUUCCUCAUCGAGGUCGAGUCGUACGUCCACAUCUUCCGCUCCAUGCCGACCAACGUCUUCCCAAAGAUCGUAUGCGCGUACUCGCGCAUAUUCGAGCUGGCGCUGGGCGAGAUGGAGCGCCGCUUUACCCAGGGAGGUGAGAGAGGACUUGACCUUGCGCAUUCAGAGGCUGUGGCUGUGAUGGACCGACUUGGAGGGUACAUAUUCACAGGACACGAGCGUCAUCUCCCAAAAACGGUGCUGCGGCCUCUCGGUACAAUCGACAGCCUCCGCAACGGGGCGUGGCCGUACAUCGACCCGGCGCUGCUGAACUUCCGGUCGUCGGGGACAAGUGGGGCAGUGAUCCACAUCGGCCAGUGGCCCCGGACCGGCAAGGCCGGCAGGCCCGUGCUGCUCCACGUAUCGGAGCUCCGGUAUCACUACGGAGAACGGAUCUCGGCGAACCGCGAGAGCGAUCUCUGGUUCGCGCAGCUCGGCGAGGCCGCGUUCGGCAGCAUGACCGCCGUGACGGAGUUCGUCGACGAGCUGAUGCGGGAGCUGUGGGUGCCGCAGACCAAGUCGUUCAUCGCCCAGCAGCUCAAGCGCAGGCUGCGCGAGGGAGGUGAGACUGACGGUAGGCCCAUGACGUCGGACGAGACCAAGACGUGCGAGGCCGCCAUCCUGGCGUGGCAGGAUUCCCCGGGCGCGUUCACUCUGGCGGCGCUGGAGCGGUUGGCGGCCGGAGUCGCAGCCAGCGGCAGUCGCACAGCCGUCACAGUAUCAAAGACGCGCACACGGCACGAUUUUGCCGGCGAGCUGCUCCGCGUGAUCGGCAGCGACAAGGGCAAAGACGCAUUCUCUUCCAGGAAUGCAACGUGGCCCCUCAAGCUGCGUCUGGCCAUUGCCAACGGUCGGAAGGCGGGCGGCGGCAUCGGGCCGUCCGAGUGGGCGAGCGUGCUGACGGGCUGCCUCCUCGCGGCGGAGAUCGAGUGGGUGCCCGACUCGGUCCGCGGCCGGUUGACGUCUCGGAGCGUUGUUUGCCUGCAGGGGAGGGCAGGCAUAGUGGCGAAGCCGUCCGGUCCUCUGGGGUCGCUACGACGCGCAGCAGAAGAGGCGCACAUCCAGCACGAGAAGACCCUUCGACAGCGGUCGCUCCAGGCAGCAGGGACGGCCAAAAUCGAUUUCGGCCAUGGAUUCCCUUUCAAGAAGGUACCCGACCUGCUCUGCUCAGGGCUCGCGCAUGCAAAGAUGAUGUUCACGCGGCCGGACGGAGACCGUAAGGUGCUCGACCACUACCAGCUCGCGAUGAACUGUCUGGCCGAGAACCUUGAUGACCCGCUGUGCCAGCUGAUGCUCAUGCUCACGCUGACCAUGUGCUCGUCGUCGGAGACGCCGCAGGUGGAGCCCGGGGUGCGGGCGUUUAGCGCGUCGCCGAAGCGGAGGGAUCCGGCGCAGCUGGCGCUGGCGACGGCGACGCGGAUGAUGUGGUUUCUCUAUCGGGGGUCGUUCCCGUGGACCAAGGGCUCGGGGGGGACGGCAUACGACGUGGGCGACAUGACCAAAAAGAUCGAAGGGUUGCAAUAA